GCUGGGCUGGGUCGCCUGUGGCACUCUGGGCGGAGGGCGGGGCUCCGCAGCCCUAUUUCCCUGGGCCCAAGUGCAGCUCUCCAGCCCACAGCAUCCAUGGAGCCCCGCGGGUCCCCGCACCCCUUCGCGCCUCUAUGCGUGCUGCUGCUGCAGCUGUUGUUGUUUGCCCUCCGGGACGCGGCGCAGAUCCAGCCCUCCAAUGUCUCCGAUUGGGUCCAGAGGGUGAAGCAACCCGAGUACCAGAAGUGGUUGGCGUUGACGGCUCUGCACUACUUCAACUACCGCUCUGCCUCGCCCACCACGCUGAGGCUGCUGCACACCGUGACGAGCUCAACAGGGUUUGUGAAUCGAGAAAAGAAGUUUGCCGCGGGCGUAGCCUUUACUGCAGGGGCGUACCACAUGACGAAAGAGAAGAAAUAUACUGGGAACUGCCUCACCUCUGUGACUUUCAAGAGCAAGGUGCUGGCACCCGAUGUGAUUGUGAGCUGCCAGGUUCUCAUGAAUAAGCUGAAAGGAGAGCGAGAUGAUCACCUGCUGUUCAAGAACCUUUCGAAGACACUUCCUAUCCCUGGGCAGGUGGUCGCCAUACCUGCCAGUAAGGAGAAUAUGAACACCUCUCUGGUACCCAUCUUGGACCUGGCUUUGCUGGGCAGCUCUUACGUCAUGUGGAACAGGACCACACUGUCUUCCUACUUCUCCUUUGAACGGCUCAGUGCUGUGAGUCAUUGGGAAGUAAAGGAUGAGGAAGUUCAUUUUGACUAUCUUGCUCUAAUCCGGGAACUCUCAACACAGGAAAUCGUUCCUUGUCUCGUUCACAUGAUUUGGUACCCUAUCAAAACUCUGAAAAUCGAGUACCACUGCAGCGAUAUACAGAAGAAACAGCACUGAAAGAGAAGACGGACCAGCAGUGACUCUCACAAAACACAGUCACUUCUGAGAAGAAAAAGAUCUAUUUAUAUCAAGUUCUAAACAGAAUGACUACAUUAAACAGCCUAAAAAUUACUCCAGCAAAAUAGCUUACAAUAAAGCACACUAACAUCUGGAAGAGCCUGUGAUUACAAGUAAACACUAUGAAGUGUUGGGGUUCUUUUCACUCCAGAAGCAUGUGCAUACUCACCAGAAACAAUCAGUGAAUGCUGCUGAUAUUUAAGUGCUGACAUUCGUGGUUCAGUCUGCGUGUCUCAUGAUUUCAUGCCUCUGUAAUUUUCUACUGCUAAAUUGCUUCUGUCUUAGUAUGUUAAAAAAAUAGAUAUAUCAAUGAAAGCAAAUUAUAGGAAAAAUAUUCCUUGUAUUUAAAAAGAAAUUUGUAAUUUUUUAUGAUUCAAAGUACUGCCUUUAAAUUUGGUAUCUACUUCUAAAUAAAGCAUUGUUCAAUGAG